AUGUCGCACAUGUCGGGGGGGAGGCGGGCCGUAUGGCUGCUGGCGCUGUUGAUCAUGGGGAUGGCGAUGGCAGGGGCGGGAGCUGGUCAUGAUGGCGGAAACGAAGGAGAUGCGCAGAGUGAGGUCAGGAGGCGGAUGCAAGAAGCUGAUCAUGCUCCGCGGGAGAAUCCUGGGAGGAAAGAAAGUGAUGUGAGGAUAGGCUCGACUGUGGCUGAUGGACGCAAGAACGAGCCAUUGACUUCGCCUGUAAGGAGGAGAAGCUAUGCGAUGCGCCUGCUCCUCUUGCCGAGAGACGUGAUGGCCUUUUUGGAUUUGAAAGCCCCUGACAUGCCCAUAAGGGAGGGCUGCAUGGUGUUGAAGGAGUCAAGGGACCCUCAAGCUGGGCGCUGGAGGGGGAUAAGCGUCGUGCUUGUCUACUUCGCGUUCCUCCCUGAGCUGCUGCAUCCCAUCGAGAACAUGUUGAGGUUCCCCCUCGCGGUGUUCUCGCUGUGGUUCUUCGCAUGCCGGUACUGGAUGUGA